AUGAAGUACCCGAAAACACAUAGUACUGUGCGUAGAAUUCAGGUCAAAUUCCGGAAAGAGUCCGAUUUCUCACAAGCAGUAAAUUUCCUCAGAAGCCUUGGGUUGUCAGUGGUGGACAAAGAUGCUCCAACACCACUGUCUAGCGGCACAUUAUCUGGUCCUACUAUUGUUCCAUCAAUUUCCGGGUCAGCUUCAAAUGUUUCACUUAUAAGGCCGAUGACACUUGGAGAAUUAUCAUUCCAAUCUAACGGAAGUUCUCAGCAAGCAUCUUUGCCUCCAGCGGCUGAAAACAGUCUAAGUAGUCAAAUAAGACCUGUCUGCAAUGUCAAUGAAGGUCCUAGAGCUGCUUUCUUGGAAUAUACGUCCCCUCCAAAUUUAACUAACAACGAAGCAUCAAAAUCCUCGAUCUCAUCACAGUAUCAAAAUUUAUUUCAAAGAGUAUCUAAUUUAGAAGAAGCUAAACAUCAGACGUCCUCCCUCUACCAAUCGCAGAUUGAAUCGCGGCAUCAAGAUCGCAAUCCAUGUCUUCAACAAACAGGAAUCAGUGGGGUUGAAACUCUGAACAAUGAGCCUCGGAUCUCGCAUGUUUAUCCACAAGAUGAAAAGAUGCCUGUUUACCAAAGUAAAUUGGUGACCCUUACGGGAGCUCCAGCUCUGUUAUCUCAGCCUGAAUUAAGAGGAAAUACAGGAGAUAUCUUUGCUGGUCAAUCACCACAAAAUAAUUCUGAAUCACUAAGGCUCGUUGCAACUCAACCAGAAUCUUUCGAAGAUAAAACGCCUUGGAUACCCCCUAGAAGAGAACUCCCGUUUUCAAAGCCACGUGAUCAACCUAAAACUGAUUCUCCUCUUGAAAGCUUAUCUCCGCUACCAAAGCCAACCCCUGUCGAGAGAGUAGAUGCCGAACAGCUAGUGGUUAGCAAGAAACAGAAAACCGUCGUAUCUAGUAAGAAGCCAGUUCUCAGAAAGAGUCGAUCAACAAGACCAAUCAUGGCUAGAAUAGCAAAAAAAUUAAACUCUCCCAAGUCUGCAGAGAAAACCACCACAGUAAAUAUAGAACAUGGUCUAGAAAAAUCCAUAAGUCCUAGUGAAAAUACUAUCAGUACAGCUGCGACGCCACCAGUGCCAGUAAAGGAAAGGCCCCAGUUGCGAGCCACAGCCCCUACUAAGAAGCGCCCGGCACCACACGAUCGAAUUGCGUUAAAGCGAAGAACUCCAAUGGUAGACCAGGGUACGCAGACAUUCCUCCAAACACUCUCAUUUUCAAGGGAAAUUCCCUCUCAGAAGACAAGAGCAAACUGUACAGUUGCCGACCCCAUCCCAACGUCGCCAGGACCACCACGGGCGGAGUUCCUAAAGAUUCUUGAAGAUUUAGUCAUGAAUAUGAAGAAUGGACCAACGCCAAAAGAGGUAUGGGAUAAGCCAGGAUACUUGGAAGCUAGUGACGAAAGCCGAGUAGCUCUUGUGAAUGAUUUCAUUUGUGAGAAUCUUGAGAAUCCUGAAUUUCUACAACUUUGUCAGGAUACUGAAUUUUCGUGGAGGAGAAUUGGCUUGGGGUUGUAA